GCAACCUUCGGAUCGCAAGAAGGAACACAUCAAACGGCCAAUGAACGCAUUUAUGGUAUGGGCCCAGGCUGCAAGACGGGUUAUGUCUCAACAGCAUCCACAUUUGCAAAAUUCGGAGUUAAGCAAGUCGUUGGGAAAAUUAUGGAAAAAUCUUAAAGACUCCGACAAGCAACCAUUUAUGGAUGUGGCAGAGAAAUUACGCAAAACCCAUAAGCAGGAUCAUCCGGACUAUAAAUAUCAGCCACGAAGGAGAAAAGGACGUACCCUCACGUCCAGUGCAGUGCAAUGCAAUACGGAUGGCCUAAAAACGGAAGCAUCUGUUACGGCAAUGAUAAAUGGUGCUACGACCAUACAUAGCAAGAACCAUAGCUCUACCGGAGCGACAAAAACACCACCAGAAACCAAAUCAAAUGGUCAGAACAAAAAACUGUCAACAACAGGCGGAGCAGCAGCAUCAGCAUCAACGGCCACAACCAAUUGUCAUUUGUCAUCAAAAACCAUGGCAACAGCUGGAAAUCGUUUGAAUGGCAACAAAGCCAAUGGCAAACAAAAUAACCGUGAACAACCACCGCAACAACAACAUCACAACCAGUCACCAAUGUCAGAUAAUGGCAAAUCUACAACCCAUUUUAUUUCUGCAAUGGAUAUUAAUGAAACAUUAAAGAAUUCCUGUAAAAAUGUGUCCUCCAUGUUGACUCAAGGUCGUCUCUUGGGACCGGCACAUAUUGCCGCUGAUGAAAGUUCAGCGGAAUUUAUGUUUAAUCGUUAUGAUUAUAGCAAAUCGUUGGAUUCACCUGGUUCCACGACUAGUUCAUUGUUAUCCUGUGCCACCUCGGCCAAUGAUUCCCAGCCGUUGACACCACCAGCUACACCAUAUUGCAACGCUACACAACAACGUUUGACAGGACAUCAGGCCACACUGCAUCAUCAGCCACGUCAAGCAACAAUAAAUUUGUUGCAGCAACAGGUUAACGAUGUUGUGGGUGGUGGUGGCGGUUUAAGUGAAUACCAGCUACUUAACAUUGAAGGACGUGAAUUUAUAUCCUUGGAUGAAUAUCCUUAUAAUUCCAUGGGAGGGCCUUUAGCUAAUAGUGGAGGUGGUGGUGUUGCUCCACUGGCAAUAAAUGUCUAUAUUCAUGAUGGCAGUCAUCAAUAUUCCUCACCUUCCUCCUAUGCUUUGCAAUUUUAUGGCAAUCAACAGCAACAGGAACAAACAAACAACAAUCAUAUUCAACAUAAUUCAAUGGAAUUUCAAACUUAUGGACAACUUGGUAGUUCUGCAGGGUAUACAUCGGUAUAUUGUCACACAAAUUGUUCUUCAUCUCCGACGAUGCACACCAUUGAACCUUUAAAUUAUUUCAACAUAUCCACCCCACCACCACCAGCAGCAACGACAGCCGAACACUCUCCUUUGCGGACAUCAUGCUCCUCGCCCUACUCAAAGACCACUGCUCUCAAGACGGGGAUACCCAACAUUAUAUGGCGCCAUUCGCCUCUGCAACAACGGAUCUAA